AUGAAAACGCUUUUGUAUGACCACCAAAUGUCUAUCAUGUCGAGUGGACAGAACCGCACAAUUGUGCACGAUCAGAAGCAGAUGCACUCAUCACAGGUGAGUUUACUGAAAUUACCUCUUCGAAUUCAUUGGAAAUUUGACACUAUAAAUAUCUUACAUCGGCACAUGUGUUUCUAG